AUAUAUGCUGCCAUUCCCUUUAAUCAAACCCAAAUAUAUGCUGACAUUCCCUUAAAUCAAACCCAAAUCAAUGAAGUCAUUCCCUUUGAUCAAACACAAAUCAAUGAAGCCAUUCCCUAUAAUCAAACCCAAAUCAAUGGUGCCAUUCCCUUCAAUCAAACCCAAAUCAAUGGUGCCAUUCCCUUCAAUCAAACCUAA